UGUUCUAUCAUUAUUUAUAUGACAUUAUUGGUUAAUUAUUAUAUAUUGAGUAUAAGCAGCAUUUUAAUGUUGUACUUUGGUCAAGUGGUGUUAAUUUGAAUACUGCUGUUCAUUUUAAUCUAUAUCAGUGCUUCACUUUUUUAUCUUAUGUUGUAAAAUAUUAAAAUUAGUGAAAAGCUGUUAGAUAUAUGGCUCUGAAAUGCAGAGUGGAGCAGAAGUAGGCUAUAAAAUAGUACUUCAUGAGCCUCUACUUAUUUCCAGCAUUUGGACACACCAAACUCAUCCAUAAUAGAGAUGUCUAGAUUAAACUACCAUCGAACUAAAAUGUUUUAAAUUCUUAGUGUAAUAGCCUAUUAGGCUGCCACACUCACUAUCAACUAUUAACUGCCUUCUCCUGCUUCAUUAUGCCAAAACAGGAGGCACUCUGCUGGUAAAACUUUGGGAAAGCCAAUAGGACCGGAGGGGUGGAGAGAAGCAGGAGUUGAAGUGCUAAAAAGAAAACAGUUGCUCUUCAAACUUUGCCCGUCUGUAGAAGAGGAUGUGAAAAGGAAUGGCAGGUUCAAGACAAGAAAUUUGGGAUUUUACUUGAUUUCGUAGACACAAUCUUCCUACACAGUCGCGCGCAUUUACGCACUUGGAGAGGAAUCUGGGCGACAGUAGAUCAUUCUGGCAACUUUUUACCGGCUCUAACAUGACAGAGGAGAACAAGUCCUUGACAGACCAUCUGUGCAGCCCCACAGGCAGCGACAGCUCCUUCUCGCUGCAUGGAUCGGAUUCAGAGUCCCCGACCUCUUCAGCAGGGUCCGACGCACAAGGAGCAGCGUGCCCGGCGAGGAUUACGCACAAAACGGAGAGAAACGCGGAGGAUGAGCGGUUUCCAGUCUGCAUCCGCGACGCGGUGUCGCAGGUGCUGAAAGGUUACGACUGGUCGCUGGUGCCGAUGCCCAGUCAAGGGGAGAGAGGGCUGAAGAACAAACCUCAUGUGAAACGGCCGAUGAACGCGUUCAUGGUGUGGGCGCAGGCAGCGCGGAGGAAGCUGGCGGACCAGUAUCCUCAUCUGCACAACGCUGAGCUCAGCAAGACGCUGGGCAAACUGUGGCGACUUCUCUCUGAGACUGAGAAGCGUCCCUUCGUUGAAGAGGCUGACAGGCUGAGGCUGCAGCACAAGAAAGACUACCCAGACUACAAGUACCAGCCUCGGAGACGCAAGAGCACCAAACCAGGUCAAGGGGACUGCAGACCUGGCCUUGUCCAGCAGCACCAGCAGGGCUUAUAUAAGCCAGAACCGGGGGUGGCCAGGCUGGCCGACAGGACAGGUCAGUCUCAUGGACCUCCAACACCUCCUACUACACCUAAAACCGACCUUCACAUGGGAACCAAACAUGAGGGCCACCGGCCUUUGGACGGCUCUGUUCCUCCCACUGGCCGUCAGAACAUUGACUUCAGUAAUGUGGACAUCUCAGAGCUCAGCAGUGACGUCAUCAGCACCAUCGAUGGAUUUGACGUCCAUGAGUUCGACCAGUACCUGCCUCCCAACAGCCGCACCGCCACAGUUCUAACCCCGCCAGAUACCAACCAUGGACAUAACAACCCCUCUGGAUCAUUCACUUUACCCAGCAUCCACUCUCACUCUCAUGGCAUUCCCACGUGGACACCCAAGACUGGAACUUCCAUUGCAAUGGCACCGUCAUCUUCCGAUCGUCACACCUAUGGGCUCCACGAGGACAGUAGCCAGAAACCUCAGAUUAAAACUGAGCAGAUGAGUCCAGGACACUACAGCAGCCACUCCUCCCAAUGCUCUUCCUCUGCCACCCCUCCUCCACCACAACAACCUGAGUACACCUCUCUGGGCUUUGGUGCCUGCUCCUCCUCGACCUCCUCCACCUCUUCUGCCAACCAGUCUGACUACACUGACCUUCAGAGCUCCGGUUUCUACAGUGCCUUUUCUGGGUACCCCGCUGGUCUGUAUCAGUACCCAUACUUCCACUCCUCCCACAGGCCUUAUGCUCCGCUUAUCAACAGCCUGGCCUUGGCACCACCUCCACACAGUCCUCCCUCUGGCUGGGAACAGCCUAUCUAUACAACACUCAGCAGGCCUUGAAGGCCACAUAGGCAAAGACUACUGACUAUUCAAACUGAAACAGUAAACUGGCCUGCUUUAAUGACUUAUAAGACAUGUGCCUCAUGCAUGAAUGUUUUCUUAUUUUUCUCUUAUAUUUGUUCUUGCACAAAGCAAUAAGAGGAAAAUAAGAAAAUCCUACAUGGGAUUCAUGAGAUGUGUGCUGACAGCCAAGUCUGUUCUUACCCAUCUGAGUGUGUUGAUGAAUUGCGUUUGAUCUUAAAUUGGAUGCGCGUGCCAGGCAAUUUGCAAUUAGCAUAAGUAAACGCCCCAAUAAACCAUUAUAAGGGCAGCAGACUUAAGUGCCAUGUGCAAACCACAAACCAACAAACCACAGCAGUUUGACAGGUAACAUUAAGCUCAGGCAAAAGAAAGAAAAAAAGGAAAGGAAAGUGCCACCUAGUGGCAGCAAAAAGGAAAAAAGUUUCUUCUGCAGAGAAAUUUACUUAAUGAAGUUUCGUUAAGAAAAAUUAAGUUAUUUUCAAGUGUGAGCAGUCGGGUCACCAGUCCAGAAAAGUGCAAAGCAUGGCAAGAGAUCACCAGUGCAAUGAAUGCUGUGUGUUCAGAAGAAAGAACUCUUAGUGAAAAUUUUUUUAAACGGUUUGAUCUGAAAAUGGACGCCAAAAAACGACUGUCUGCUGCCAAGCAUACUAUUACAGCCACGGGAGGGGGCCAGGAAACUGUCAAAACAACAGUCAUGGAUGAGCGCAUUGGAGCCAUUAUUGGAGAGGUUUCUCUGGGGUGCAGUCUGAUAUUCCACUGGACAGCGACCUAUGUACCACAGCCAGGAAACAUCCUGUCAGCACCAGACAGCAUAGGCUACCCCAGGAUCAACUAGCAAGAUCUGAAGACAAUGAUGCAUCUGGCUCCAGUGCGCCAUCCACCUCUCAGAGCACACCUGGACCAUGAAGACGAUCCACCUGACCAGAGUCGGUCCUACAAAAUCAAGAGAUGUUAGAGACUCUUCAUUAUAUGUCAUCCACUUUUUCACAAAAUAAUGACACUCUCAAAGAUUUUUAACUUCAAAAACCAAGAAAUAAAAACCAUUUAUCAAAUAAGUGCCAUUUCAGUUUUUCUACAAUGAGUAUAGGCCCAGGUCAUUUCACAAUGUAACAAAAGUGAUCUGCUUACAUGUUAAAAAAGUGAAAUGAGUUGCUGUCAGGUUUCAACGUCAUGUCUGUUGUCAGGUCUCACGAAACCAUAAACCUCCAUGUCUUCAGGUAGUGGCAGGUGGGGUGGGGGCACACCAUGUUGCAUUACUGUGCAGAACACAGCAGGCCAUGGUUAUUUUGCACACUUUUUCAGAUGUGUAUAAAAGCUUUCCACCUGCUGUGUCUAGGUUACCUUACGAGGCAGCUGGAUUCACAACAUCACGUGAGAAUCCAUCUUGUCAGGCUUCAAGUUAUGCGCUUGUGUCCGAACCAACGGUGGUUUGGACCAUUCAGUGUUGUGCAUCCUGCUGCCUUGCAAGGUAAGACGGUGAUAGAUAGAUGGUUCAUCCAAUCACCUGCCAAGUUUUUAUGAAAGUGCCUGCCCUUUCCCAAACAGUUUCCAUUGACGACUUCUCAGAUGGUUCUGUUUAACAAACCAUCUGGCACAUCAGGUUAGUGUCUGGGCAUAGCCAUCGACUUUUCAGUAUACCGAUAGUGCGCUACACCACUGAGCAAGUAUGCGUCAGUUUCUGGUUAUAGGCCACCUCCUGUUAGGUCUGAGUGUUGGGAAAUGGUGUCAUAAGCCAUGAUAGUAGCGUAUAGCCCCAUCACCUAAAUUAAAAAUUGGAUUUAUGUUGAAAGGUAAUAAUGCAGACUUAUGAAAAAUCUAUCAUAUUAUAACACUUACCAAUAAGCCACCCAUCUUCAGCAGCACUUUGAUCCAACCACAGACCCACCAAACUGUUGUGGAGCACAAGUCGUGUGAUCCCCCCGGCCAUCGAGUCACCGUGUUCAAGAUGUUAUUCUGUGCAUCACAUAUUAUUUGGACGUUGAUUGAAUGGAACUGUUUUUUAUUGAGGAAGGGUAACAGAUUUGGAGAUGGUGCCUUGAUGCGUACAUGAGUACGGUCGAUUGCUCCAAUAGUGUUGGGCAGUACAGCAAUGGCAUAAAAUUCCCUUUUUAUCUGGGUCUGCUGAGCAGCGGUAUAUGGAAACUGAAUGCACUGUGGUGUUAACUGAAUGAUAGCCUGGAGAACUUUGGGGAGCGCACCACUAACAGUGGACUGGGAUAUGCCAGACCUACCACCAAUCCUUAUGGCAGGUCCCAGUAGCCAGGAAACCGAUAGCGGUGAGUACUUUCAAAUGAGGUGGAGUCAGACUAGAUCUGUUUUGUCUCUGAUCUAAGUUGAGGCUCCAGAACAGCACACAGGUUUUGAAGAAUCUGCCUCGGUAAUUGAAAGCGGCUUAUGAGCCACUCAUGACUCUCAGCAAACAACUCUCUUCUCAAGGCUUGGUUGGCCAACGCAUCAAGCAGUAGCAAAUAAGCCAUUGCAGAUUUGGUUUGGCACCGCUUCAUACUACUUCAUGCACUAUGACAAAUCAUAAUUAAUGACGUGUGCUGUCAUUUUGAUGACUGGAUAGGGGUGUGUGUGUGUGUGUGUGUGUGUGUGUGUGUGUGCGUGCUUAUGUGUGUGGGCAUGCGUGCAGGCAUAUUGGCCUAAUUUUGUUGUCAGUUAGGCUAGACCUAAUCUUUAAUAAGUGUAAACAUUUAAA